AGGACUUCGAGGCCCUGUUGGGCGACAGUCGGCGCGAGUUCUCUCCCGUCCGUAGUCGUCUAGACCGCAGUCCGCCGCCACGACACGAGUCGAUGCAGGCGACUUGGCGAGGCAAGUCACGAGAAGCUCGGGCAAGUGUGGAUCCGCCAGGUGGGUCAGCGUUCAAGAUGUUUGGCCGGGAACAGUGGUCGCCUGGUUCGUCAUCAGCCACGGGACGGCGUGCGCCUGGCAGUGCAGGCGAUGGCAGACCAUCAGCUAGCGCCGGUAAUGAAGCGGGUGAGUACAGUAUAAAUGUCGUAGAUCAUGAAGCGGGUCUUGCAUCGAUGCUUUCACCGACGACUGCAGGGAACAUUCACGGGGAAAUAGCAGGCGAGGAUGGAUUUGGCAGUCCACGAGAAAACGACAUAGAGGAGCUCCGAAGUCCGCUGCCUCCAGGCUUCGACGAGGUUGGCGAGGACACGUGGGAGGACUGGAAUGAGCUAGUGAAGAAGGUCAAGAGCUUCAAGGGAGCUGCCUUCUUUUUGAAAUGCACGGAGGGCUGCGAUAUGAUGGAGUUCCUGCUCUCGGUGGAUGCCUUGAAGACAGUACAGGUGAUCACCGCAGACCCAGUAGUACUGCCGCAAGCGGAGAAACAAACGAAGGCGGAACGCAAGUUCUUCCGUGAUCAUGGCACUCUGACAGAUGCGAAGCCACCGGAACCAGCAAAGCCCGCGGCCCCGUCAAGCGGCAAAAAGGCACUGCAGCCGCAAGACAAAAACGCAGGAGAAACUACUGCUGCUGCAGCAGAGGACGGAACUGACGCAAACCGAACACGACGCGCCAAAGCUUACUACAAAUUUUCGCCACUGAAGGCGUUCCUGAAGGUUCUCAUCGAAAACGGUGGCCUGGAAGUCUUCCUGUGGUUAGUAAGAGGUGUGGACUUGACGAAAAUACAAACGCAGCUGUUCUCUAUGAAUCUGUUGCGCGCAUCACCUCUCUUCGCGCGAAUGUUGGACGACGAAAAGAACCGAGGCACACUGCUCCGGUUAGUCGCGUGUUGUGAGGACGCUGGUAGUGUGGAGAAAGCGGUGCUCCAGCUAGAGGGCAGCCACGUAGCGUCCUCGGCGUCGCAACAGGACACCUUCGGAACUACGUCACAGUCUUCGUCAAUGCGGUUUGGUAGCACAGAAACAGGAAGACUCGAGGCUGGCACCGACGCGGGCACGCGCUCAUCUGAGCAGAGCGCGCCUAGCUCGCGAGACCUGGUGAAGAUGAAUGACAAAUUUGCGCUAGAUGCCGGACGCAUGCUCUGUCGCGGUCUUAACAUUUUAAGUUGGGACGAACGCGAUCACCAGACGAUCUUAGCACUAAUCGACUUCUGGCAGAGUGUCUUCUUCGAAGUUCCAAACGGAGAUGAGCGUAUUCCUUUAGAAGAACUAGAACUUCUGAAGAACUUCUUACUCUCUUUGCGGCAGUAUAUGCAGGCGCAGGUGCUGCGGGGCGAAAACCUGGAGAAUUUGAGCAUCUGGAUCAAAUUCAUGAAGAAAGUCGAAUUAGGCGACACGAAGUUCCUCAGUCGCGUAGAGCGGUUACUGAGUUUUCCGGGCCGUAGUAUGCGUCAGG